ACAGAUUUGAAGUUGAAUCGGUGCAACCCUCAGGCGUCCUGUACGGACACCUCGAUGGGACCUUUCUCAGUGCCGUCGUGUGCGAGAGGCUUGUCCCUACCUGCUUCGGCCUGAGGCUGUUAAGGUGCCCCUGUCCGCCGAUUCAUGAUUGUCUGCCGUUUCUUGGCAAAAAUGGCAAACAAUGAUGCUGUUCUGAAGAGACUGGAACAGAAGGGAGCAGAGGCAGAUCAAAUUAUUGAGUAUCUUAAGCAGCAAGUUGCUCUUCUUAAAGAAAAAGCAAUUUUACAAGCAACUUUGAGAGAAGAGAAGAAACUUCGAGUUGAAAAUGCUAAACUGAAGAAAGAAAUUGAAGAAUUGAAGCAAGAGCUAAUUCAGGCAGAAAUUAAAAAUGGAGUGAAACAAAUACCAUUUCCGUCUGGUACUCUACUGCAAGCUAAUUCCACGGUUUCUGAAAAUGUGAUACAAUCUGUACCAUUAACAACCAUAUCUUCUGGUGCCAAAGAACAGAUACAAGGAGGAAGAGAAGAAAAGAAGGUGAAAGAGAAAAUUGAAAAGAAAGGAGAGAAAAAGGAGAAGAAGCAGCAGUCUAUACCAGGAAGUGCUGACUCUAAGCCAAUAGAUGUUUCCCGUCUGGAUCUUCGAAUUGGUCGUAUAAUCACUGCCAGAAAACAUCCUGAUGCAGAUUCUUUGUAUGUAGAAGAAGUAGAUGUUGGAGAAGUAGCCCCAAGAACAGUCGUCAGUGGCCUGGUGAACCAUGUUCCUCUUGAACAGAUGCAAAAUCGGAUGGCGAUUUUACUUUGUAACCUAAAACCUGCAAAGAUGAGGGGAGUGCUAUCUCAAGCAAUGGUGAUGUGUGCUAGUUCACCAGAAAAAGUUGAAAUCUUGGCACCUCCUAACGGGUCUAUUCCUGGAGACAGAAUUACUUUUGAUGCUUUUCCUGGAGAGCCUGACAAGGAGCUGAAUCCUAAGAAGAAGAUUUGGGAGCAAAUCCAGCCUGAUCUUUACACUAAUGAUGAGUGUGUGGCUACAUACAAAGGAGCUCCCUUUGAGGUGAAAGGGAAGGGAGUGUGUAGGGCUCAGACUAUGUCCAACAGUGGAAUAAAAUAAAACAAAAUUAGAAUGCUUCAGUUACUGAACUACAUUGGGAAAAACUUUAAUAACAAUAAAAAGAAAUAUGUUUGUCACUUA